AGUUCUUUAAAAAAAGAUCAUCUUGUUAUCGUAGUCGUUCCUGACUCCAAGAUCUCUAUCAAGUACAGAGAGAGGAAGAAAUGAGAAUGCAGGUCAUUUUUGGAAUCCUGUUUAUUUACACCCACGUUGCCAUGGGUUCACUGUUUCAGGAUCCUGCUGUGUGUAGAUUUACUCAGAGGAACCAGUGUUAUGUAGCUGUGGGACAAACACUGCAGCUGCAAAUGCCCCAGGAGGAUGGGUUUGACCUAAGGUCCACUAGUUUAAUUUUAAGAUAUAGAAAAACCCAACGUUACCCACCAACACCACGUCUCCCGAGAUGGCAGUUUAUUACCGAUAAUAAAACUAUAAUACUAACCAGUGCAGAGAGGAGCGACUCUGGAACAUACACUUUAUACACCUUUGAUGUGGACGGGAAAAUUAAAGGCAGUUAUACUCUCCAGGUGAACAUUGAAGCCCCGGUGUCCUCAGUGAAAGUGUCGUACAGCUGCUUGACCUUUGGAAUGGAAGUGAACUGUGCUGCUGAUGGAGACGACCUCCACUUCAGCUGGAAUUCUGAUAUUAUCACACUCCCUCGACUGGAGAACGGGUCCAGCACUGGCAAACUGGAACAAGACCAUCAAGGGAACAUCACCUGCCAUGUAGAAAAUCACGUCAGCCGUGACCACGAUACCACUGAACUCCUCCAUUGUCCUGGUUCACUGUUUCAGGAUCUUGUUGUCUGUAGAAUGAGUCAGAGGAACCAGUGUUAUGUAGCUGUGGGACAAACACUGCAGCUGCAAAUGCCCCAGGAGGAUGGGUUUGACCUAAGGUCCACUAGUUUAAUUUUAAAAUAUAGAAAAACCCAAAGUUCCCCUCCAAUACCACAUCUCCCGAGAUGGCAGUUUAUUAACGAUAAUAAAACUAUAAUACUAACCAGUGCAGAGAGGAGCGACUCUGGAACAUACACUUUAAACAUCUAUGAUGUGGACGGGAAAAUUAAAGGCAGUUAUACUCUCCAGGUGAACAUUGAAGCCCCGGUGUCCUCAGUGAAAGUGUCGUACAGCUGCUUGACCUUUGGAAUGGAAGUGAACUGUGCUGCUGAUGGAGACGACCUCCACUUCAGCUGGACUUCUGAUAUUAUCACACUCCCUCGACUGGAGAACGGGUCCAGCACUGGCAAACUGGAACAAGACCAUCAAGGGAACAUCACCUGCCAUGUAGAAAAUCACGUCAGCCGUGACCACGAUACCACUGAACUCCUCCAUUGUCCUGGUUUCAUGGUGUUUGUGUCUGUGUGGCUUUGUGAAGUCAUCAUCCUGCUGUCUCUGUUAGUAGCAUUUAACAUCUACAGACAAAUCUACAGGAAACAGAAGAUAACUGAAAAUCAGGAAACUCUGUAAACCUGGAUUAGAAGCAGAAGAUGGUUGGUUGCUCUCCUCAAUUCCAGCAACUCAUCCAUCCUGGACCAUCAGAAGAACAUGACCAUCAACACCAACAAAUUUAACACCUCAGUCCAGACAUUCUUUUAAAAACUGAACCAGCCUCAUGCUUCACGUACAUUUGUUAAUGAAACCAGCACUAAUUUUUCUCUCUAGUUUUUUCUCUUAAGCUUUAUUUUUAAUAUUAAAAAAAUACUGAAAUGUUUAAAUGCAGCUUUUAUCAUCAUCAUGCUUUUGAAGAAAUCAUUUGUGUAGAACAGGAGUCUCCAACCUUUUCAACUCUGAGAGCUACUUUUAAAUAAAGGUGUCUAAGAGCUGCUCAUGUUAUAUUAUUAGUAACAUUUAUUUAUAUAGCUUAUUGCCAUUAACCAAGCCAGCUAUCUUUAAUAAUAAGCUAUUUUUAUGUGAAUUCUUUUAAAUUAAUAUCGAACAGUCAUAUUUUACAAUAAAUCAUUUUAAAUUAACAUAAGCAGCAUGUUAAUUAUUGAGUGGAGUUUAAUUGAUUUAACAGAACGGGUUUGCUGAGUAGAUUUAUCGUUUUUUAUAGUCAGUUUUUUUUAUUUAUUUACAUGGAUUUACUGUUAUUUCUCAACAAAUUGUUAUUUAAAGGUCCCAUGGCACAUACCCUGAUGGCCUCAACAAGACUAAAAGAAACUAUUUUCAUUAAAAAAAAUGAAACACCUUUGAUAUUCAUGGAUUUUAUGUGAUUAAAUAAUAGUAUUUUGACGGCAUUCAUAUCCAAGUGCAAUGGGAAAUGAGAAAUGUCUACAGCUCACUGGUCCUACAUCUUCACGCAGCAGGUUAGCUUUAUUCCUAAUGCUGUCGAAUCCCCAGCAGCUUCCAUGCUGAAUGAAUCUGCCAUGUGUUUCCUUUAUUUUUUAUUCAAACUACUUCAAUUUGUGUAGCUGCUUGUGAGCUACUGGAGACCCCUGGUAUAUGUACUGUAUAAGUAUGUGUUUUAUUUCAUAGCAGUGUUUAACUUUACUACGUGUUUCACAUUUUAUGCAUUAAAUAAAUGCACACUCCUCUGUCUAUUCUUUUUCAUUGCUAAUUUUUUUCAACAACCCAUG